CGGUAUACGUUGUCAAUUUUUAAUAUUAUAAAAAAAAUUUCUACAAUUGUAACUUUCUAAAAAAAAAUUUGUAUUUAUUUUGCAGCAAGAGUUCACUUGGGAAUCAGGGAUUACAGAACAAGUGAAAAUUGUUUUCCGCCGCAAAGCAGCUUCGCACUACACCAAGCGGAUCAAUGAGUGGAAGCAAAAAUUCGAUGUUGGCGAGGUCCCGAAGCACAUCAACCCAGACGUUUGGCGGGAUUUGUGUGCUCAUUGGACGAAAGAUGAGACAAAGUCUUUGUCGACAAUCAACUCGCAAAAUCGGUGUAGCGGGCGUGGCGGGAAAGGGAUGUUUGUCCACAACUUAGGGGCAACAAGUUUACAGACCCGAGCACUUCAGCUAAUGAAGGAAAACGGUGGAGUUCCCGUAGAUGAUUUUACCCUGAUGAAGAACGCCUAUACCAACAAGAAGACUGGGGAGAUUCAGGAUGGACUUAUUAAGGGCGUAAUCCAGGUCGUGGAAAAUCGAAAAGUGGAUCUCCUCGCGACUCAAGCUUCUAUGUGUGAAGAAGGCGAUUCUGCAUCUUCCAACUCCUUAACCGUAGAGCAACUCAACAACCUUGUUCUCGAGGCUGUUCCAAAGAAAAAGGGCCGUUAUGUUGGAUUGGCUCGUUCGACCGGAGGGGCUUCUUCUUCUUCUUCAGCUCACUAUCCACUCGUUGAUGAGCUUAUGGAGCAGAUUAAGACCAAGGAUACGGAGAUUGAAUUCCUGAAGCAGGACAAUGCUGAAAUCCGGGUUGAGCUGCAGCAAAACCGAACGACUAUGGAGGAAAACAAUGUUCUCACCCAGACCUUGUUGCAGAAGUUUAGGACCCGAUUCGGUGAAGACUUUUAGUUGUUUUUUAAUUUUCAAAAACUUUUUAUUACUUUUUAUAACUUUAAUGUAUAAUAAUGUUGAAUUUAUAUAUGUAUAAUGUUUUUAAAUUCUAAAUUAUCAAUUUUUUCCUGAAAUUAAAUUAAGAAUUAUAAAAUUGUUUUUUCAAUUAUAAAAGGAAUACCGACGGAUAGAGUUAUCCGUCGGAAUGUCUACAUUUUUCCGACGAAUAAGAUCCAUCGGUAUUUUCAUGAUAUUCCGACGGAAUAAAGUCGUCGGUUUUAUUUUCAGUUACCGACGGACUGUUUUCGUCGGUAUGUUCUGAAAUUCCGACGGAUUCUCUUCGUCGGUAUUCUCUAUAAAUACCGACGGAUACGCAUCGUCGGAAAUUUUAGAUAAAAACCGACGGAAUGCGUUCGUCGGUAUUUGCCGACGAAAUAUGUUCGUCGGUAUUUACCGACAAAUUUCCGACGAAUAUCAGUAUACCGACGAGAUGAUACCGAUGGACAUUUGUCGUCGGUAUUCCAUCGGUAUGCGGCUUUCCCGACGAGAUUAUGACGGAUUUGUCCAUCGGUAUCGCGCAGUUUUCUUGUAGUGAUAAAAGAAU